AGCAAGACGUUUAUCUAAAGGAGACGUUAUUUACCAGCGGCAUAAGGACAGUAGUAGUACUCAGUCGAAUUGGACCGGUUGAAAUGGGGAACAUAUCACGGAAUUGUACAGUAAUUGUACAGUAACCUGAUAUUACUGUUCUCUUUUCAACACUAGCUGCCAAAGGAGAUGAUGGAGGAUUUCUCUGGUCUGGCGUUGCCCCCUCUCUUCGGGGGUCACAUUCUUGAGGCAGAACUUGAACCUGGUGGAGUGGAGCUAGGACCCGGAGAGGUGGAACUAGGUCCGGGAGGGAGCGAGCUUCUGGACGGCGGGGGACAGGGUCCAGGUCCCGGGCAGGAGGAGGAGGAGGAGGAGGAGAGAAGAGAGCUGGACAAGCGGAAGUACUUGGCUCUCAGUAAGAGAUGCAAAGAAAUAGAACAGGUAAAUGAGAGGAUUCUCAGUCGUCUACACCAGGUCCAGCGACUGACCCGUCGUCUGAGGAAAGAAAGGAGGUUUCUGAUGAAGACUCUUGAUUCGUACGGAGACGACUACAGGGCAGCUCAGCUCACCAUCCCACUGGAGGACGAGGGCGGAGCCACAUUAGACUGUCCUCCCGGGGGAGAUGAGGAUGGCUCCUCCCCCUCACUUCCCCACCAAUCAGCAGGCGGGCCUAAGAAAAAAAGGCAUCGGGUUCCCAAGGAAAAAGAGAGAGAUUCGCAGGCAGAACCUGAACUUCCCAUGCUGGCCGAUUCCCAGUUCACCGGGUUCCCAAGCCCCAGUUCUCUCUCCCACUGACCAGUGAUAGCAACAGAUGAGCUGACCGGUUUACAUACGUAUUUAAGUUCUGAAAGGAAGACCACUGAUCUGGGAUCAGUGUUUGCCUUGUAAAACAGUUACAAAUGCUGCUGUUCGUACAAACGGAGCAGCUGAUCGUAGGUCAGCAGUCGGAGACACUUGGAUUAAGAUCUCCUUCCGUGGGACGGAAAACCUGUACCUUUGACUGGACAGCGGCAGAUACUGAGAGACCACUAGUGGUCACUGCAUGUUACAAGUAUAAAUGGGGUGAACUGGAAGAUGGUGAAUGUGAGUUUGUUAAAAACUUGUUUUGAUCUGCUGUGUGAACUGUCGUGACUCACAUGCAGAUCCGUGAAGGUACAGG